GUUGUGUUCGAAUCGUUCUGUAUGUUUUGUGAUUAUUAUCAUCCAAAAGUGAAUCUCACGCAUAUUUCUUCUGUCAUUUUCGAGUUUCGCGAAAGAUUUCACAAGAGUAGUAUUCGUCGCAAUGUCUGUAAUUGCUGUUAUAAGCCACAAUAUCAUAAUCUUCGGCAUUGACGAAACUGCUUUUGGCCGUUCGCAAUCAAAAUGGAGGUUGUCUUAUUGUACCGCCAAAAUGCCGUGAAACUGCAUUGACGCACGAUUGCUAGAUAAAUUUUGUGCGCGUAAUCGGUGUUACGAAAUAUAUUCGUUUCGUCGUAAUAUAAAGAAAUGUUUCUCGAGAGUGCCGUUAAUGCCGGGGGUGUCGUGAUAAUUUCGCGCGAGUUCGAAACGAAUUAUAGCGAAUCUAUAGAUGAACGCAUUUCCGUCGCAUGCUGCGACAAAUAUUGGAACACGAUUUCUUCUCGACUUUAGGCUCGGCUCGGUGGAGAUAAGGAUCGGUUUUUGUCAUAGGAUCCUGACUAGGCCGGCUUCUUUAUCUUCUUCGACCUUUUGCCCUCUGUUGUGAAAGAAUCGUGUCUCAAUUGAUAAAUGCGGUCGUUUGAAACGCGGACGGAAUUUGCGCGUAACGUCGCAAUUCGGAAUUUGGUUCGAUUCGCCUGCGACGUCGGGAGUGCCGUUUAAAGUGUCGCGCGAUUUUUUUUGCAUUCGGGUACGCGCGUGAGCAAUGCGUGCGCCGCGAACGCGUGUGAGUGUCUCGAAGGACCGCUGAGGAGGAGGCUUAGGAAGCAUUAGGCGACAGCAGAGCCAGAACGAUAUGGUGCGCACCUUGUUCGUGAGCGGCUUGCCGAUGGACACCAAGCCGAGGGAGCUCUAUCUGCUCUUCAGAGCAUACGAGGGGUACGAAGGAUCGCUGUUAAAAGUCACGAGUAAAAAUGGGAAAACAGCGUCGCCGGUGGGAUUCGUGACUUUUCACACGAGGGCAGGCGCGGAGGCGGCGAAGCAGGAUCUGCAGCAGGGGGUUAGAUUCGAUCCUGAUAUGCCACAAACCAUACGUUUGGAAUUUGCAAAAAGUAACACAAAGGUUAGCAAACCCAAGCAACCAGCCGCUGCAGCAGCCACCUCGCACCCCGCUCUGAUGCACCCUUUAACGGGACACCUAGGGAGCCCGUUCUUCCCCAGUGGUCCUGAGUUGUGGCAUCAUCCAUUGGCAUACUCCACGGCCGGCGAAUUACCGGGCACGCUGCAACAUGCGACGCUGGUGCAUCCGGCGUUACAUCCUCAGGUCCCCGCGCCUAUGUCCCUGCCGCAUCCUACGACGCUGACGUCGAUACACGCGUCGCUGCCUCAUUUUCUACCGUCGCCGGCACUGGCGUCACCGGUCGGGUCGCCCUCGUCGCAGCCGAACAUAGCCGUCAGCAAUGCGCAAUGCUCCACCCUCUUCGUGGCGAACCUGGGCCAAUUCGUGUCCGAGCAUGAGCUAAAGGACAUCUUCAGCAGUUUUCCUGGUUUCUCCCGGCUUCGUAUGCACACGAAGGGAGGGUCGCCAGUGGCCUUUGUCGAAUACCAAGACGUUCGCUACGCGGCCCAGGCGAUGGCCACUCUCCAAGGAUCCUUUCUCCUCUCCUCCGACCGGGGAGCGAUACGAAUCGAAUAUGCAAAGUCAAAAAUGGCCGAGGUGGGCUUUACAAAUCUCUGGAGCGAAUAUAUCAUGAAGAAACAUCGUCAUGAAGUUGCGUUGCCUUAUUUUCCCUUAUUCACGUCGCAACGCUUUAAAUACACUCCGGGGAUCAAAGAGACAAGAAAACGGCCAACCUUAAGAUCGACAUUAACGGCAUGUAAAGAGGCGGACGAUCGGUCGCCCUGAGAGGAGACGGCAGGAAGACGGCGCGCUCUCGCCGGACAAGACACAUCCAUCGAAGAGAAAAAAAAAAAAAACCGACGACACACGAGGAAGAGCUAUGCAGCCCUGCGCAUUGUCGGGCGGUCGAAGAUUCGGCAGAGAGCGAGGCAUGGAAGGCGUGGAGCAUGUAGACACAAAUGUACACGAACCAUACACACGCAUACACACGUACACGCAUACAGACACAUGAGAGAGCGAGAAGGGGGUGGAAUGCGGAAGAUACAGAAGCUACCGGCGCUGGUGGAAGGGCAAAAGGGUUUUGAUCGUCCUUCCGCCCGAAGGGGACACAGCCGACACAAGCGAUAGGCGAUAGGCUAAAUUCUACGACGUUGCAAGAGCGGAGGCGUGUUGGUUCGCGCGACUCUAGCGGGGGGCCCAAAUAUAAUCACGUAAUAUUCCUAGGUAUAUAUAUUUUUUAACGAACUUAACUUAUCGAUUCUCGCGUACCUACCUUUUACCUACUAUUUAUUUUCACUGUGUCUUUGAUCGCGAUCGACGACGACGAAGCAAGAGUAGGGGGCAAGGGGUGCAACGGAGGUGUGGGUCAGAGGGAUGGAUGAUGGGUGGGGAAGGAGAUCGAAGAGGAGGAAGUGUGGAAAAGCGAAGCGAGGAAGAGGAUUUCGUUUCUUGUAUACAUAUGUAAAGAAGGGAGGCACUCUUCGACAAGUCACACGCGCACGUUAUAUCGCGAUACUUGUUUACAUAAUACGCAACACACACACAUACACAUAAACACACACACACACACACACGCAUAUACAGUCAUGGAGAUUUCAUAUAAAACCCGGCGAUGCCACUCUGGAACGUAUUUGCGACUCAUCAUGAAAAUUGCAGUCGAUGCGAAUUCUUGUUUCGGAGGUAAGAAUUUUUGAAAAAUUUAUCGAAAGAUUUUUAAACUCAUUAAGACGAUACACAUGUGGAACUCGAGCUUUCCAAAUUGUUCUUAUCUCGCUGAAGAAGUGAUUUCCUAACAAAAGAUCACACGUGAAAAUUAAGCUCAACGAUUGGCGCGAUUAGAGUGGAACGGCGCGGAACAGCGCGCGAUACGAGUCCCGGGUGGUGGUUCGAACACGAAAUUGCGUAUCCCACACACUGAAACGAAACAAGCGAGGCGAAGACGAGUACAUCAAGCUUAAUACCAAAGGUGCCCUAAGAAGCGUGUAUUUAUGUUUUAUCAUCGGCGCGUCGCGCGAAGCACGAGCGCGCGUACAUUUAACUAUUGUAUCUUGUUAAGGAGAGUCUAGUGUCCUAGGCGCGGAUGAGAACGAAGAGAGCGAGAGAAAGAGCGAGAAAGAAAGAGAAAGAGAGCGAGAAAGCGAGAGAGAGAGAGAGAGAGAG